AUGUUCUCCUAUCAGGCGCUGCAAGUGCCGCCAUUGGGCUCCUAUUUGGCGCCUGUGAGUUAUCGUGCUAGUGAAGUUCAGGCGCCCCUGGAUCUCUCCCUUAGGUCCUCGGGCCCCAUCACACCCCCAUCGACGCCAUCGCCUCCGCGGAAGAGACUCAGGCCUCAGGAUGUUGAGCAUCCGCCAGUCGUCGAGGAAGCCGAAACCCUGCCUGAAGAAUUUUGGCGCCACAGAUUUGGAUACUUCGACGAAGAGAGUCUGCGUCCUAUAUUGGGCAAUAGGCUCCUAAAGACUUCCUCUUUCGUUGAUUAUUUUCUCCAAGACACAUCCAAGACCUCAAAGGAUGAUCUCCAGACGGUGUCAACAGAGGAAGAGGAGGUUUUUGUGGAUAUCACCAGUCCUGAUGACGCUAGCGUUCCAGAAUUAUCCACCAUGAAACAGCCAGAAGAUAUCCUUACAGAUGACGAGGAAGAAGCUAGCCUAGAUGAUAAAUCCGAUUCAAUUAUUGACGUGUGUGACUCUGUGCCGUACAUCCAAGAAAUCGGUAAUUAUUCGCAGAAAUUGCUGACAGAUCCUGAAGAAGAAAAUGAAGAAGAACGCGAACAAUUGGGAAUAUUAGACAAUGGAAAGCUCUGCUUCAAGAACAAGAUUUAUCAUCAUCAGGCCAUUGAAGGAUUCGCAAAGCUCUUUGAGAAAACCUUUGACAGUCUCCCCGAGGAUUCUCCUAUUCGGAAGGGUGUUGAAGAAAAUUCUCAAUCCUUGCCGCCACUUCAACCUGCCGCAAGUGUGAAGAAUGAGAUCAAGAAGAGGAUAAAACUGAGAAAAACCAACUUCGAUGAGGACAACACGAGUCCUGUGUCAGGGACCAUCAUCAGAAAGUUGAGGGACGACGAGGAGCUUGUGGUGCGAAAAGGAGAUAUCGAUCCGGCGUUCAAUGUGGUUGAGAUCACUGAAGAGGCAAAGAGCUUGCUCGCUAAGAUCGAUAAUAAGAUUGGAUCGUACAUUUGUCAACUGUGUCGCAUCAUGUAUGAAGAUGCCUUCCAGUUGGCUCAGCACAGGUGCUCCAGGAUUGUUCAUAUUGAGUACAGAUGUUCGGAGUGUGACAAAGUCUUUAACUGUCCUGCUAAUUUGGCUUCCCACAAAAGAUGGCACAAACCACGAGCAGCAAACGCAAAUUCCACCAAGAAACCAAUAACAAGUGCAACGGGAAAGUUAUCAAAACCACAGGUAAAGUAAUCCAGUCCCAAUGAUAAUAACAUUUCUCCGAUCCCAGCUUCUGGCUAUGAAUCUACUGGACAUGCCGAACAAUCCCUGGAAAGCAAUUUCCCCUGUUCUCUGUGUGGGAAGAGCUUCCGACGGCAGCCCUACCUGAAGAAGCAUAUGCUGUCGCAUCAGGAAAUCUACUCGGAUAAUCAGAAUUCUUCUACUUCUGGUGCUGACAUGAGUAUCUACAAGAAAACCCAAUUCGCCAUUCAGCAUCCCUCGCGUCAAAUAGGAUAUGACUACUCACGGUACUACAAUCUCAAUCCUGUGCAACUGGAUGAUAAGAGAAGAUUCCCAUCCUUCAGUCAGCUUUACUACCAACAGCGAGAGAGAUACUCUUCGGCUUUUCAGUUUGUUCGCAAUCAGGCUUUUGAGGCUUUCAAUCUCAAGAGGCCUUUUGGCGGUAUUCCACCCAAUUUUAUGAUGCCGCCGGACAAAUGACAGCAAAUCCUGAGGCCAGUUCCUCGACUGGCCGCUCCGUGGUCAACUCAGACGACUCCAACGCCAACACAAUCAGCGCCCUUCUCGCCAGAUUACGUAGCAAUGCAGAAUCCCUACUAAAAUCCCCCAAUGCAAUCGUAGCCAAGGAGCACUUCAUUCUAUAUUCUAACUCAAAUAAUCGUGUAAUAGUAUAGGUGAAGAUACAACAGAUUUAGCACAUAUUUAGGAUUUUUUCAAUCUUCACCUCCACUCGAUAAAAAUAUCAUGUUGAUUGUUCACCAAAAUUGAGUAAUUUGCAAUGUGAUAUGAAUGUAUAUAAGAGAUUUAUCCACAAUAA